CGCCCUGAGCGGAAGUGGUGGCGCAGCCGGAAGUAGCCUUAGUCCGGGGUAGGCAGACCGGCGGGCCGACUUUGACAGGAGCCGGAGCUGUGCAGAGGAGUUGCUGGCCAUGGAGUUGGGCGAGCUGCUUUACAACAAAUCCGAGUACAUCGAGACGGCAUCUGGGAACAAAGUUAGUCGCCAGUCUGUGUUGUGUGGAAGUCAGAACAUCGUUCUCAAUGGCAAGACCAUUGUGAUGAAUGACUGUAUCAUCCGAGGGGAUCUGGCAAAUGUAAGAGUUGGACGGCAUUGCGUGGUGAAAAGUCGGAGUGUCAUAAGGCCACCAUUCAAGAAAUUCAGCAAAGGCGUUGCAUUCUUUCCUUUACAUAUCGGGGACCAUGUCUUUAUUGAGGAAGAUUGUGUGGUCAACGCAGCUCAGAUUGGCUCUUAUGUUCACGUUGGCAAGAACUGUGUGAUUGGGCGCCGGUGUGUGUUGAAAGAUUGCUGCAAAAUUCUUGACAACACAGUGUUACCCCCAGAAACUGUAGUUCCACCGUUCACCGUCUUCUCAGGCUGCCCAGGACUCUUCUCAGGGGAGCUCCCAGAAUGUACCCAGGAGCUGAUGAUUGACGUCACCAAGAGCUACUACCAGAAGUUUUUGCCCUUGACACAGGUCUAAUGUCUCUGCUCACGUCUUGAAUUCACUUGAGCUCUAAGAUGAACUUGGGGACAAAGUGAGCCAGUUUGCAUUGACAGAGAGCUCUUGUGUCUUUGACACUUCUCACCCUCCUUUUUUUUUCUUUCUGUUUUUUGGUUUUUGUUUUGUUUAACCCCUUAUAAUUUCUCAGUCCUCCCAGGCUCUAAGCUCUUAAGACUUUAAUAACAGAAUGUCUGGAGGAGUUGUCUCCACAUGCUGUGCUUAAACCAUAUCUAUUAACAGUCAAUUCAUACCAUUAUCUGUGGAACACAGAAUCAUCUGUUCCCAACACUCCCACCCCUUGGUCCUGUGGACGGCAGCUCGGAGCAGUGCACCCUGUCCCAGCGUGGAGGCUGUGAUGCACGUGUGCUGCUUGUGGCCAUGAGGUACCCACAGUGAGCUCCACUCAUGUGGAUCACUCUCAGCUUCCCUGCUGCUCACACGUUUGGCCAUUUGCCACAAUUGCUUAUAAUCUUGAGGGGAAAAAGAGAAAGUGUUCGCAGCCUUUCAGAGCCUAGACCCCUGUUGGCUACUAAAACUUGAGGGAAGGGUGAUUAGUAUUCCUCCUCUUUGCAAAAUGACCUUAAGUGUCAUUUUAAUCAGGGGGACUGAUAAAUGACUUUCUGGCAUUCUAUUCUAGGGCCGUCGGCUUUCACUAAAAAGCGGGCCCUCAGCAGCCAGAUUUUAUUUUGCAGAGUCCAGGUUUGAGUCUCCCACGUGCCUAGUCUGGGCAGCCACUCCUUCCCUACCGGUAUUUGGGGGCAGCAGUAUAUGCCUUAUUUCCCUGGAGACGUAGCAUUUGUGACACUUGCUCCCUGGCCUAGAACCAUUCAACCCACCCUGUAUUUGCCAUAAACCUCACAGUUCAGACCAAAACAUCUGUACUUGGGCCCAAUCUCAUACAUAUAUAGGGGCCUCUUAAAACCGUUCUGUGGGCACAGAGCCCCGAGGAGUAAAUGAAGUUGCCAGGGCUGUUCUUACCAUCUUCUGGGUAACAGCACAGCCCUUCCUGCUGUGCUCUGGCCUCCUGGUUUGGAAGGAGGAUUUAGAAGUAAAGGCCUAAGAAGGUUGGUCUUGCUUAAUGCUCUGGUGCUGCUGUGUGAAUGGGGAAGGACAGUCCAGCCUCGAAGGUGAGGAUCUAGCAGGAGCUGUCUUGACUUAAUAUCCGGUUGUGUGGUUUGCAAAAAUAGCUGUGUGUAGUCUUCUCUGCUAGUUCAAUGUCAAUCUGCUUUCUGGUUUGUCAUUUUUUUAUGUUUGUGCAUUAAAAGAUCGACACAUGAAA